AUGCGGAGUUUUGUGCCUUUUAUCUUCGUCCUGAAUUUCUUCGGUCCUUUGAGCGCCCUCCAGGAUAAUGAUUCUUCUACCUGCAAGCUAACCGAUGCUCCAAAUCAGUGUGGAGCAUUUUGCCUGUCCGCACUGCAUCCUCUCAUAGACAACAAUCACAAGAGCCAGAAGAAGUUAAAUCGGAUUGAGCAAGGAGUGGAGUUCCUAAAAAAUAUUUCCAAAGGACCACUUGGGGCUGUCAACUCGGAGAUCAAGAAUGAAUUGCUGCAGUUGCUGCUAAGCAAAAUGAAGGAUCAGGAGACCAAAUUGGAUGCACAAUUUCUGGCGCUGGAGAAAACCCUUCUGGAAACCCAUGCCGCUUUCUAUCACAAGAUUAUCUAUCCGAAGUUCGAGCGGAUUGGAUCUAGAUAUUUUUAUAUCGAACAUAAUAUCAAGAAAACCUGGGAUGAGGCUGCAGAAACAUGUCGUGGAAUGGGCGGCUAUUUGGCGGCUUUUAAAACCGAAGAGGAAUUCUCAACUAUAAUACAGAAACUUAGAAGAAAAUAUGUGUGGUACUGGACUGGCAUCAAAUAUUCGAAGGAAGAUGGACACUACAUAUCCACAGCCUCCGGGAAGCCUGCUGAAGUUCUUAAUUGGAUGGCGGAAGAGCCCAGCAAUAACGGUGCCUGCGUUGAAAUAGAUCACAGGGGGAUGGAUGAUAACGAUUGUGGUUAUAGAACCUAUUUUAUUUGCCAAUCAGAUAAUGAAACAUAA